GCCAAGGAGCCGCGAGCAAGGACCGCUGUGGCGGCUCCGCCUUCCCAGGCCUGGGCCUACUGCAGUGAGCGCUGUCUCCGCCGCGGCGUUGAGCUUCUUCCUCCGCCGGCACCAUGGCUGCGGAGAAGCUCUGACAGGGAGUCCCAGUGGGAUGCGGCUAACGCGGAAGAGGCUCUGCUCCUUUCUCAUCGCCGUGUACUGCCUCUUCUCCCUCUACGCCGCCUACCACGUCUUCUUCGGGCGCGGCCGACGCGCACCGGGCGCGGCCCAGCGGGAUGCGGCCCCGGCGCGGGAGAGGCGCGGCCGAGAGCAGUCUACUUUGGGAAGUGAAGAAUGGAAUCCUUGGGAAGGAGAUGAAAAAAAUGAGCAACAACACAGAUUUAAAACUCACCUUCAAAUACUAAAUAGAUCCACAAAAGGAAAAACAGAUCUCAGUGUACAAAUCUGGGGCAAAGCUGCCAUUGGAUUGUAUCUCUGGGAGCACAUUUUUGAGGGCUUACUUGAUCCCAGUGAUGCGACCGCUCAAUGGAGAGAAGGAACGUCAAUUGUAGGAAGGACACAUUACAGCUUCAUCACAGGUCCAGCCGUGGUCCCGGGUUCCUUCUCCAUUGAAGAGAAUAAUGUGGUACUCGUUUUAAAUGGAAGAGAAAAAGCAAAGAUCUUUUAUGCCACCCAGUGGCUACUUUAUGCAGAAAAUUUAGUGCAAACUCAAAAACUCCAGCAUCUUGCUGUUGUUUUGCUUGGGAAUGAACAGUGUGACAAUGAAUGGAUAAACCGAUUCCUCAAAAGAAAUGGAGGCUUUGUGGAACUGCUUUUCAUAAUAUAUGAUAGCCCCUGGAUUAAUGAUGUGGAUGUUUUUCAGUGGCCAUUAGGAGUAGCAACGUAUCGGAAUUUUCCUGUGGUGGAGGCAAGCUGGUCAAUGCUGCAUGAUGAAAGGCCAUACUUAUGUAAUUUCUUAGGAACCGUUUAUGAAAAUUCAUCCAGACAGGCACUUAUGAACAUUUUGAAACAAGAUGGGAAUAUUAAACUUUGUUGGGUUUCAGCAAGAGAACAAUGGCAGCCUCAGGAAACAAAUGAAAGUCUUAAGAAUUACCAAGAUGCUUUGCUUCAAAGUGAUCUCACGUUGUGCCCAGUAGGAGUAAACACCGAAUGUUACAGAAUAUAUGAGGCUUGCUCCUACGGCUCCGUCCCUGUGGUGGAAGAUGUGAUGACAGCCGGCAGCUGUGGAAACGCAUCCGUUCACCGGAAUGCUCCACUGCAGUUACUCAAGUCCAUGGGUGCUCCCUUUAUCUUUAUCAAGAACUGGAAGGAACUUCCUGCUCUUUUAGAAAAAGAAAAAACUUUAAUUUUACAAGAAAAGAUUCAAAGAAGAAAAAUAUUACUCCAGUGGUAUCAACGUUUCAAAACAGAACUAAAAACAAAGUUUACUAAUAUUUUAGAAAGUUCAUUUUUAAUGAAUAAUAAAGGUUAACUGUUAAUUCUC